GAAGAAGACAAAAGAGUCAUAAAACUAAAGCAGUUGUGGACGACAGCAAAACUUCUCGUAAAAGCGUGCGCCUCUUACAAGUUGAAGGAAUGGGCAGCCUUCCAGUGGCCCUGCUCCUCUGCAGUUUCCACGUGCUCACAGCUGUAGCCCAAACCCCGGAGUCUGAGACCAUUGAGGCACCGGGAGGCACCCUGCCAACCAACUGUAGGGAGGAGAUGUAUACUUGCACCAGGAUGUACUCGGUUCACAAGCCUGUCAAGAGAUGCAUUGGCAGUGUUUGUUUCUACAGCGUCCCUCGUGUCUACGUGAUCAACAAAGAGAUCUGCACGAGGACGGUGUGCCAGCAGGACGAGUAUCUGAAAGCUGAGCAGUGCAGAGAAUUGUCUGGGUGGCCCAAGCGUUUUCAGAGGUCAACUAACAGGAAACGCUGUCGCAAUCGCCGUAGCAACAGCAAAACCUGGGCAAACAAGGCCUGACGGGGACAGGGAUGAUGGUUUGACCACCGGUGAGGAUGGAGAGCCCGAGAAGGGGCGUUGUCAUAAAAACAGCCCAUAACACUAUAUAUUCUGCAUUCUACUGUGUAUUUGUCUUUUAACUGUGUGUGAACACUGAAGGUGUGCUCAUGUCAUGUGUUGGACACAGAUCAUGUCUUUGAUGGUUUACGACACAUUUAUGGUACUGUAGUAAUGGACCUAUAGCAGCACUGAGUCAUUUCAUUGACCAAAGACAGACCUACUCUGUAGUGAGGAACUGUACGACGCUUACUGACAAUCUACAAUUAAAUGCACUAUAGUAUACGUUCAAAUAAAGAUACAUCUGUUCA